UUCGUACACACACUUUAUACAUUUUGACCAUCAGGUACAUGGAAUGUAUUACAAUUUAGGGAAUAAAAAAGAUUAUCUAUUAAUUUGGUAAAUUUUACCAGAUUUUGGCAUUCUGCUGGAAUUUCUCCUCUUGCCACAAGAUGUCCCGCAGUCGCAGCCUUUGUGUGGCUAAAAUUUGGGCUGCUGAUUUCACUUUCAUUUUCCUCAUUUUUUCCACAUAAAUAUGCUCGUCUGUUAUUUUUGGCAGGCAUUUUAACUCUCCAUAGGAUUUGUCAGCUUCUACGUUAACUUGUAAUAGUCCCAUUUAACAAAUUUUUUACCUCCUCUUCAAAAUCAUAAUAUUUCUAAUCUUUGGUGAGCAAAUUAUUUCUCAUUCCUUUUAUUAAAUGCGGAACAUCAAAUAUAGGGAUUAAUUUUGUCUUCCCUAUUUCAAUUAUUUAAUUUUCCCAUUGUUUUUCUUCUCUUAAAUAAUUUUUCUUUGUGUCUUCUAUUAACUCAUUGAUUACACUAACAUUGACUUAGGGCCGGUUUUUUGAUCCAUAGUUAACUGGACUAAUGGUUAAAAAUAAUAACUAUUAGUCAAAUAUCUUAGCAAAGCGUUUUUCGAUCAAUAGUUAGCUUGACCAAUAGUCAAACAAAUAACUAUUAGUUAAAAACAAUAACCACCCAAAGUUGAGCGGUUAGCAAGAUGGCGGAUAGUUAAACGACGCCAUUACAGCUGAUUUCAACACGCCGAAACUUCAAAACGUAUUACCUUUAUUGUGACAACAUUCAAAUACAUAGUUAUUUCAGUUUUAUUAUUACGGACUUAUCAUGGAUUUGAACAUUAUUAGAUACUUUGACAGUGAGUCGGAAAGUUCAUCAGACGAUGAUUUUUUUACUGAAUAUGUAUUGAUGAGAAGGCCAAAAAUAUUUAGACAAAGAAACCCUCCUUUGAAUACCUGGGAUGAUCUUGGUGUUUGUCAACGUUAUCGUCUCUCAAAAGCAAUAGUGAUGUGGUUAAAAUUUAAUAGGAUGUUACUUAAAAACUCCCACCACAGGUGAGUAAUUAACUAUUUUAUAGUAUUUUUUGCUACUGACUGGUUCCUUUCAAUUAAUUACUAGUUAUUUACCUAAAUUCUUUUUGUUUUAGGAAUCAUGCCAUCAGCCCACUAGAACAAAUUCUCCUUACUUUAAGAUUUUAUGCUACCGGUACUAUGCAACAGUGCUCUGGUGAUUUCUUUGGAAUCUCAAAAUCAGCAGCAUGUAAGAUAAUACACUUGGUGUCAAGAGUGAUAAGCACUAAAUUAAACUAUUUAAUUACGAUGCCACAUACUCCAGCCGAAAUUAAGGAAGUUGUAGCCAAGUUCUAUUCCAUUGCAAAAUUUCCGAGUGUUGUGGGAGCAAUUGAUUGUACACAUAUACGUAUUGUGGCGGAUGGGGUGCGAGAAAAUGAAGAUCGUUUGAAAAUUGAAACUGGUACAGGUGGUGAAAAUGCGGAAUUGUAUAGAAAUAGAAAAGAUGUCUUUUCUAUCAAUGUCCAAGUGGUUGCUGAUGCCGAUCUAAAAAUUAGGAAUAUCGUUGCAAGAUGGCCAGGCUCAGUACACGACAGCACUAUUUUUAAUAAUAGCCAGGUUAAACAUUUGAUGAACUCUGGACAGCUUGGCUGGUGUUGUCUUUUGGGCGAACGAGGCUAUGGCCUUAAACAAUAUUUACUAACACCUCUGGCUGAUCCUCGAACAGCUGCCGAAAAAUUGUAUAAUGAGAGUCAGAUAAGGACAAGGAAUGUCGUGGAACGAACUUUUGGUGUUUGGAAGAGGAGAUUUCCAUGCAUAGGCUCUCAGCUUAGGAUAAAACUAGAAAAUGUGCAACCUAUAAUUGUGAGCACGGCCAUAUUACAUAAUAUAUGUAUUAUGAAUAGGGAAGAUUUACCUACUUGUGAAAGUGUUCCAGAUAGUAUUAAAGGGAAAGUAAUAUAAUACUUCCAUUUUCUGAAAUUGAUCAGCAAUACAGAGGUGAACUGAUCACAACUUAUUUUAGCUCUCUUCUAAACUCGCACGAAAAUCCAAUUAUCACAGAAUAGUAUCUAUAUAAUAAAAUAAAAUUGUAAACUUCACUAUUUAAAACCCAUAAUAUUAUAUAUAUUAUACAGUUGAUUUUAUUGUAACUUUCGUGAGACAUACUAAAUUAAUUAUUAUGUUAUCGGCUUACUCACGUAUCGUUUUGACGAGGAACUCGACUAGUUUCAAGCCAUGCUAGAGGCUCAUAUUCAUGAGCAGCAUUACGCAACACACGACGCGGCGAUUGUCGCACUGCUACUGGCGAUUCGAGCUACGCGCCCAUCGCGCCCUCUGCCUGGAAUCGCGCGUACUAUCCGGCGCGCGCGACGAUGUUGGCUCGUUAGACUCGCUCGCCGGCGGCUGCGCAGGUGUUGGGUUCGAUUCUCGGGUCGACGCAAAAACGGUGUUACAUACCGCGCUUACUGUGUCACACUCCAGACCCGCAACAUUGUAGGCUGACGCAGAUUGCAGACUUGGCUUCCAGGCAGGAGGUAAUGCCCAGCCACCGUCUCUGUUGAAGUUGGGACGACGACUUAUUUCGAUGGCCUCACGUACUUUCCGUGGUACGAAGUAUUUCUCCCUCGCUAGUACGGAGACCUUGUCGAAACGGAGGAAAGUGAGUCGUGCCCGCGCUACAAGCAUGCUCGGCUACUGCCGAUGUAUGAGUGUCCAUGUUCUUCACACUGCGUAUGUGUUCCUUGAGUCUGGUUGUGAUGUUGCGGCGAGUUUCCCCGAUGUAACUCGAGCCACAGUCGCACGGUAUCAUGUAUACCCCGGGAACUGCCAGUGGAUCCUUAUCCUUAGGCGAGCGUAAUAAGUUCCGUAAUUGACCGGGUGGGCGGAAGAUCGUCCUGAUGCUGUAUCUUCGGCGUAACAGGUGUCCGAUGGUGUCGGUUACUCCUUUCACAUAUGGUAAGAAUGCUGGAGUCCGCUCCGCAACUGCCGGUUGUCUUUUACAUGAUGAACUCGCCAGUCGAGUACAUUGGCGCCAGUUGUACCCAUUUGUUUCCAGUACCUGUUUAAGGUGAUCAAGUUCCGCGUCAAUGUACUGGGGAUCACACAGGUUCAGUGCCCGGUUGAUUAAAGUACGGGGAACAGAGGCAAGGUGGGAGGGAUGAUGGUGUGAGUCGGCUCGUAGGUACCGGUCUGUGUGUGUCGGUUUACGGUAAACCGUGUGUGACAGGCGGCCGUCUGUUUCACGUCUCACGAGCACGUCUAAGAACGGCAACAUUCCUUCCUUUUCCUCCUCAGUGGUGAACUGAAUGCUACCGUGCACCGAGUUUAAUUUUAAGUUGAAUUCGUGGGACACCUAAACUCAGCCUCAGCGUCAGCCUACAAUGUUGCGGGUCUGGAGUGUGACACAGUAAGCGCGGUAUGUAACACCGUUUUUGCGUCGACCCGAGAAUCGAACCCAACACCUGCGCAGCCGCCGGCGAGCGAGUCUAACGAGCCAACAUCGUCGCGCGCGCCGGAUAGUACGCGCGAUUCCAGGCAGAGGGCGCGAUGGGCGCGUAGCUCGAAUCGCCAGUAGCAGUGCGACAAUCGCCGCGUCGUGUGUUGCGUAAUGCUGCUCAUGAAUAUGAGCCUCUAGCAUGGCUUGAAACUAGUCGAGUUCCUCGUCAAAACGAUACGUGAGUAAGCCGAUAACAUAAUAAUUAAUUUAUUAUAGUUUUUUUAAAAACACUCGUUAGUAAGUAGUUUUAAUCUAAUCCUUAGAAAUAUAAUUCUUUGUAUGUAUUAUUUCCCAAUGGUACAAACUAGGAUUAUAAUAUAUAUAAUAUAUAAUAUAAGGGAUAUCGUUAUAACAAUUUAGAACAGAAAUGUGGAAUGUGUAGUAGUAAUUUGAAAAAUGAAAAGAGGACUAUGUAAAAUAGGUAGUUGUUAACACAAUAAACGCAU